ACGACGAGGAAGUCAUGGUUAAGACAGAGUUUGUUUGGGCAGAUGGCGCCGAUCAGGAUGUCAAGCUUUCCGGUGCAUGGAAUGGUUGGAUGCCAGUUCAGAUGUACCACGAAGGAGGUUAGUUACACUCGUUUUCCGAAACCCCCACCCCUAGCACCCACGCCCUGCAUAUUCUAAGCCUUCUUGUGUCAUGUUCUAUUUUGCGCCAAUCCUUUCUCUCCCUUUUAUCUACGUUUUCAGGUGGCAUGUGGUCCGUCGUAACGCCAGUACCCGCGGGCACCCACGAGUUCAAAUUUGUAGUCGACGGUGAAUGGAAACAUAGCACGCGUCAUCCCACCGUCGGCGAAGAUGAAGAGACAAUGAAUAACAUCCGAGUCAUUCGAGGUCCCCCUAAGAACAAGCAGAAUACCGCCCGUCUUUCGGAACAGCGGAAUAAGGAAGCCGGCAUGUCGGCUCCUAAACAGAAGAAAUGUUGUGUCUCAUAACUUUAUGCUUCAAUUGCAUUGAUGUAAGCGGAUUCGAAAAAGGAGGAAGGCAUGUGGAUGAGUCGGUCAGCUAGACCAAUGGUUUAUAGUGUCAGUUGACGACGCUGCGUAUGUAUAUUGGUCCAACUAUGUCUUGCCGAAUGAAAAGUUGGUCUCGUAGAAGAAGAAGAAGAAAAAAACAUUUGCACGCGUGUUCCCCCUUUCGUCAUGCUGCUCAUUCACUUGAGGAUGGGAUGGGAUCGCUCGUUUGAUAUUUAUGUAUCUUGGCUGGGGGAAAAGCACGUGGCCGGAGCUCACAGUGUGCGUAUUAAACAUGAGUUUCUUCUUACUUUUUGUAUAUGUUAGGUCAAUGGAGGGAGUGAAGACCGAGAGGAAGUACGGUUGGGUGACACGAGAGGGUGGGCUUUCAAGGGUGUUUUUUGAAACGAAACAAAAACCACCGAAAUGGAUAUUUUCGCUAGUUCGCCGUACAGAGAGCAUGUUGGGCAAGUAACGUAGGUAGAGACACAGGUGCAGAUUCAUCAAUAUUUCCAGGAUGCUCUGCUUGAAGAAGCCUUUGCGCUUCGUCUAUGGGUCCUCGAUCCGUCCGUAUGCACCCCAGGACCGUCCGAAAAAUUUGCUCAAAUCAUUCCUGCCAUACAACACCUCGCUACUGUACAAUUUCCGCUAAACGCCCUGUUUUUCACACACACCAAAAAACUACCAAUCUUUUCUCCCGUCGCGCAUUUAGUCUAAACCCACUGUGCGUCAUUGCCGCCUUCAACUCUCUACUCCCGCUGCCUCACCCGUUCUCCCGCAAAUCUCAUUCCCCCGCCCCCCUUCACCUACACCUGUUUACCAUUUCUUUCCGUCAGCAUUCUCAACUUGUUUUAUCUUUCAGCGCCAAACUGUCCACUCUAUUCCCUUUAGACAACUUGGUCUUUAUAUCUAUCAACCAGCUUGUCACCUUUUUUAUCCCCGCCCUACCCAAUUCUCUUUCAUUUUCAAAUCCCUUUCUCAAGAGCUCCACUGGAAAUCGCUCAUGUUCGCCUGUCGGCGAGUUUGACGCUCAAAAGCUGUUUCUGCAAUACGUCUCUUUACAGUCAUAUACCCAUCGCGAUUCGCUUUACCUUUUCCCCUUGGGUGUUCGUCUUUGCAGGCAAUUGAUUCUUCUUUCUCGUCCACAUCCUCCGAACAGAAGCUGUCUCAAUUUGAUUCCCUUCUAA